AUGUCGACAAAAAAACUUCUGUUUGUAUUGACAUCUCAUGAUAAACUUCUAAAUGGUCAUCCAACAGGAUGGUAUUUACCCGAAGCUGCUCAUCCAUAUUAUCUAUUAGAAGAUCAUUUUACAAUUGAAUGGGCAAGUCCAAAUGGAGGAAAAUCUCCAUUAGAUCCAUCAUCUAUAGAACAUUUUAAAGAUGAUGAUGAAUGUAAUCGAUU